GAUAGAUAGGCUGGCGUCUGCCAGUGUCGUGCUAGUUGGUCUGCUUGAAAUGGUCACCAUCGAUUGGUCGUAGCCAAUGGAUGGCGCACACUUCAGGGGGCUGACGAGCACUCACUGGCAAACUGGCAAACGACACGAAAUGGAUGGAUGCCAUGCAGAGAGCCGGGUCCAUGAGUCAUUCUUUGGAUCAGAGACGCAGGCAGGCAGCCGCAGGGUCUGACAGAGACACGUUGAGUACAACGUGAAGACACGUCAUAAACACGUAUGUCCCGUCUCGCAAGCGCGGCUGCAUUCCGUGUCUGCCAGUGGACGUUUACAUAGCCAAACUCACACCAUUGGGGUAGCUUCUAUCGACCACUCAACGGUGUCUGAGAUCGGCGAUGGGAACGGCCUCCAGCGGACAAGGAGCAACGCACAAGUAGGUCCAUGAGAUCACAUCGAUCAGGACACACACGGACGCCAACCCAACCGCCCACCCACCAGCCCGCUCCUCUUCUGACGUCUCUGUGUCUACCCUCUCGCUGUGUGUCGGUCUGUGCACGACGUGAAAGACAGGAGGGCGGAUACGCGGUGUGAUGACGACAGAACCCCGCAGCAGACACACACCCGAGACCGCCGACAUCGACCAUUUCAAGUACGCCAACCAGUCAAGCAAAAGAGAGACGACACAUUCAGGGGCUCAUUCAGGAGCUGCCCUGACCCGAGGGGGCAGAGUGAGCUGAAAAAGGGCUCCUCCUCUCGUCCCCCACAUUGCAUCGCACACGAUCACAUACAUAUACGUGGCGGUAUACGUCGAGAAAGGCGAUAUGUUAUGUUAUGUACACUUGGAGGGGAGCCGGGCAGGAAAAACACACACACACGCAGACAGACAGACAGACACACGGACGGAUGGCUGUGGACACCAUACACGACACCAGUAGCGAGCGGGUGUAGUCGUCACCUCCCACGCACCGCCACAACCCCUGGUGGGCGGAUGGCCGGUUGCGUCGCAACCAUCGUCACGCCAGGAGAGUUGGCACGAAUGGGACGGUGAUGACCUGACCAACGGCCGUACGCCUUGCUUGAAAACACAAAUCAAAACUGUCGCAAGACCAUCAUCGUCAUGCAGAAUGGCAGGCAGGCAGCCCGUGAGGUCGGUCGGUCACUGUUCUUUGAGCCACUUGAGCAGCUGUGGGGUGAAGUAGGAUAUCACGAUGUCCGCACCCGCACGCUGAAUGGACGUGAUGGUCUCCAACACCUGACAUGAGAAGACAGACCGUUGCAGCAAGGCAAGGCGACCCUGGUCUGGUCGUCCGGCCUCCCUCCCUCACCGCUGUCUUCAGGUCGAAUGCUCCAUGCUGCGCACCGAAGUACAGCAUGGCGUACUCACCCGACACCUACCAUUCCCGACACACAACACAACCAUCCCUCUCGCCAUGUGUAUGGUUGAUUGAUGCAUCCAUGUAGGCGGGCGACUCAGUUGCAGCCCUACCUGGUAGGCGGCGAUUGGCAGGGUGGUGCGGUUGCGGACCUCCCGGAUGACGUCGAGGUAGACCCCCGCCGGCUUGACCAUGAGGAAGUCCGCGCCCUCGUCCGCAUCGCGCACCGACGCACGGAUGGCCAGGCCACGGGAGCCGGGGGGAAGCUGACAGACAGAGGGACGGACGGAUGGAUGGAGAGACGCCAGUCCAUCUCAUCUAUUGUGUGUAUGUGUGUGUGCGUCCCCGAUCCCUCCCUGUGCCUACCCACCCUACCUGGUAUCCCUUUCUGUCUCCGAAUCCCGGUGCAGACCCGGCGGCGUCGCGGAAGGGGCCGUAGAAGCACGACGCAAACUUGGACGAAUAGCUCAUCACAGGGAUCUAACGGAACAUCACGUACGUACGUACGUACGUACACCAACCACACGAACGUGUGCACUUCAGUGGUGUCUGUCGUGGGUGUAGUGUCGCUCCACCCGCUGCCUCACGUACUUACGUGUUCGUAUCCCUCGCUCUUGAGGAGCUGCUUGAUGGCGGCCACCCGCCCGUCCAUCAUGUCCGACGGCGCUAUCACGUCCGCACCUGCCUUGACGUACGCUAGCGACACCUGGUUGAGUGACACACGCAUGGACAGAGAGAGGACCAAACACACCAAGUGUCAUUCAUAUUGGUUGGACGAGAGAUGGUGUUCUGGCUGGCUUAUAUUAUAUGGGUACCUACCUCUGCGAGCCUCUGGAUUGACUGCGUGUUGGCGAUCCUGCCGUGAGGAUUCAGCAAGCCGCAGUGGCCAUGAUCUGAUCAAUAGGUGAAUGGAUCAACAAGUAAGAGUAGGUCACACACAGUCCGUCUGUCUGCCUGACCGACCUACCUGUGUAUUCACAGAGGCAGACGUCAGCGACGAGGAGAGUGCUGAUGCUGCGGAUGACAGCGGAUGCACUAAGCAGCUGCAGAGCCAACACCACAGGACUCUCGGGGCAGUCCGCCCAGCUGCCAGUGCUGUCUGCAGCGGAAUUCACACAUAUAUGCACAAGCCAAGGCUACAUAAACGAGACACUCGUCCCCGUGCUUGCUUCACCACACCACGCACCUUUGACAGACUGUGGGACGACCCCGAAGAGCAGCACGGCCCUGAGGCCCUCAUGCACCAGACGCUCCACCUCAGACACCACACGCCUGAUGGACCAACACCAUCCAUCGACAGUGAAUCAAUGAGACAGAAUGGACGAGCGCAAAUCUCUGUCUGUGCAUUCAUUGUGUGAGUGCCCAUCCCAUCCACACGUGCGUACCUGUAUCCGUAUCGGCAUUGCCCAGGCAUGGAGGGUAUCUCCUCACACCCAUCCGCCUCAUGCGUCACGAACAGCGGAUACACCAGGUUGGCUGGCGAUAUCGGCGCCACGCCCUGCCACGAACGCAAAGUCCUGCUCGAGUACCCCUGAUGCAGACAGUGGGCAACCGGCGGCGCAGAAGUGCCCGACGACUCGCCGCCUCCCGUCAGCCGCGACGUCGCAGCGGGCGACGAGCAUCCCGACGUGUGGUGGGUCCAGGCCUCGUCUGUGGAGCGGCGGGUGUGCGGGAUGGGAAUGCGGGGGGGAGGGGACACCUCCAGGCUGGCUCCUGACGGCAUGGGCGAUGACAGCGUCUUCGCAGGACCACCAGCGAGGCAAAGAAGCGCCUUGUCACUCGACAGAGCCAUCACGAUGAAUGGAAUGGUCUAUGUGGGGUGUCAAGGGACGGCGACACUCAUUCACACGAUGCCAG